CUCAGUUCGAGUUAUCCAACGUUGGCGAGCGGACAAACAAGCAGGAGAAAAAAGCGUACGGGCAAGAGAAAGAGAAGGCACAAAAUCACCCACAGCCACUGAAAUUUUCUUUUGCGCUCCGUUUCGAGAAAGCAGCGCGCCAAGCAGCAAGAAGAAGAGCGAAGGGAGUUGAAAAAGCAGUGGCGUUGUGGAGGAGGAGUAGAAAGGGGAUUUUCGCGAAAAAUCCCAACUUGAAGAGAAUUUUCCCCGUAACCGUUUAACAUUAAAUCGUCGUGUUGGAGACAAAUAGCAGCGAAUACGCUAGCAACGCUGGGGAGGAACAACAAUUGUUGGAUUUGGACGCGACCGCUUUGAUGUCGCUGCCAAUGAAUUCGCUGUAUUCGCUCACCUGGGGCGAUUACGGCACCAGCCUCGUAUCGGCAAUCCAAUUGUUGCGCUGCCAUGGCGACCUCGUCGAUUGCACGUUGGCCGCCGGCGGGCGGAGUUUUCCCGCCCACAAGAUAGUCCUCUGCGCCGCCUCCCCCUUUCUGCUGGACUUGCUAAAGAACACACCAUGCAAGCAUCCAGUGGUGAUGUUGGCUGGCGUCAAUGCGAACGAUCUGGAGGCGCUGCUGGAGUUUGUGUACCGCGGAGAGGUGAGCGUGGAUCACGCCCAGCUGCCGUCGCUACUGCAGGCUGCCCAGUGCCUAAACAUCCAGGGACUGGCCCCGCAGACGGUGACCAAGGACGAUUACACCACGCACUCGAUACAACUGCAGCACAUGAUUCCGCAACAUCACGACCAGGACCAACUGAUUGCGACGAUCGCCACGGCCCCACAGCAAACGGUUCAUGCCCAGGUGGUGGAGGACAUCCAUCACCAGGGCCAGAUUCUCCAGGCAACGACCCAGACCAACGCAGCAGGACAACAGCAGACAAUUGUGACCACCGACGCGGCUAAACACGACCAGGCAGUGAUUCAGUCUUUUCUCCCGGCACGCAAACGCAAACCACGCGCAAAGAAAAUGUCACCUACGGCACCGAAAAUAAGCAAAGUUGAAGGAAUGGAAACGAUCAUGGGCACACCGACCUCUUCACACGGCUCUGGAUCCGUGCAACAAGUGCUUGGCGAAAAUGGAGCCGAGGGCCAACUGCUAACAUCCACACCGAUCAUCAAGAGCGAAGGACAAAAGGUAGAGACGAUUGUGACCAUGGACCCCAACAACAUGAUACCGGUAACGUCGGCCAAUGCGGCAACUGGCGAAAUAACAACGGCACAAGGAGCAACUGGCUCAUCUGGCGGCAAUACAACCGGCGGCUUAAGCACUCCAAAGGCUAAACGAGCUAAACAUCCGCCCGGAUCAGAUAAACCACGUUCGCGAUCACAAUCUGAACAACCCGCUACUUGCCCCAUUUGCUAUGCUGUCAUUCGUCAAUCCAGGAACCUGCGGCGCCAUCUCGAGCUGCGGCACUUUGCCAAACCCGGCGUGAAGAAGGAGAAGAAAAGUAAGUCCGGUAACGAUACAACCCUAGACUCCAGCAUGGAGCUGAACACCACGGCAGAGGGCGACAACACAGUGGGCAGUGAUGGACCAGGCGGAGCAGGAUCAGCAGGAGGACAAUCAUCCGGUACGACGCCAACGAGAGUGAUAUCGAAUGCACCGCAGGCCGCGGGGGCGCCGGCCAUCCUGGCCCAAAGUGUGCUGCCCCAGCAGCAGCAACUGCAGCAGCAACACCAGCAGCACUUGACAGCGGCGACAUUAGCGGGUGGUGGACAGGCAUACAUCAAACACGAGGGCGGCGGCGGGGGCGGCACUGGGCAGCAGCAGCAGCAGGCACAACAGCAGGGCAUGCAGAACGUCAUACACAUUGUGGGCGAUCAGGUCUUCAUGCCGCAGCAGCAACAGCCGCAGCCGCAGUAGCCACCUCCAGCCGAGCCUUCAAUCAUUCCAACGCACCAACGACACCAUCAUCCACAUUUCCAAAACCAGAAAAAAAAACAAACACCUUGCAUAACACUCACGAAAACGUUUUGUAAAUAACAAUCAGCAAACAAAUUCCCCGUGAUCUGAUCGAAGGAUUUGUGUUCAUUUCCUGUAUCAUUUUUAAUUUUUUCAUAAUUAAUUGCUGCUAAUCAGUGGCAAGAAGUCUAGCAGCGGAUCCAGCGGUUCGGGCAGUGGAGCACUGAGCUCCAGUGGCAGUGUGCCACAGGUCCAGACGGUUCAGUCCCUGCACACCUUGCAGGGUGUGCAGGUCAAAAAGGAUCCGGAUGCCCAGCAGCAGCAGCAACAGCAGCAGCAGCAACAGCAGCAAGCAAUGACAGUGAGCGGUGCGGCGGGCGGACAAGUGCAACAGCAGGUGCAGCAAGUGCAGCAGCAAGUCCAGCAGCAGCAGCAACAGCUGCAACAUCACCAAAUCAUAGACUCGUCGGGCAACAUUACCACGGCCACGACGAGUGCUCAAGCGGCGGCUGCCGCACAGCAACAGGCGGCUGGACAGCAGCAGCAACUAGUGGCUCAAUCCGAUGGCAGCGAGAGUGGAGCUCCGCUUUCGAUUGCUCAGGUGCAGACGCUGCAGGGCCAUCAGAUCAUCGGCAAUUUGAAUCAGGGCAACAACAAGAACAUUUUGGUAAAGAAGGUUUUCAUUUUGAAAGGCGGUAACAAUACGUAAUGAUGAUCCAACGAUAUGUCCAGCGGCCCUGGAGGAGGAGGAGGAGAAGGUGGAGGAGGCGGGAGCGGGCAGCAGCAGCAGCAGCAUAACAACAGCAGCGCGAGCCACAACAACAGCAGCAACAACUGCGGCACGGCAGCAGCAACUCAAUUGAGCAGCAGCAGCAACAGCAGAAGCAUCACGCCAGCAACAUCGACAUCAUCGACUGGAACUGGAACUGGAGCAGGAACCACAUCCACACUGCAGCGUCGCAUACUGCGCGGUCAUGCGGCGCAGACGACCAGCGGCGAACGUGUCCUGCUUAUCAACUAUGUGCCACAAUCGGGAGCAUCAGCCACCGCAUCCACUCAGAGUACUUCUCAAUUGCCCACCCGUAAGAUACUCCAGGCCAGAGCCUCGGCGGCAGCAGCAGCAGCAGCAACAUCAUCAUCAUCAUCAUCUGGUGGCGGAGGAGCAGGAGCUUCAUCCUCCUCGCCACCAUCCACGCCAGCUGUUUCGUUUGCCGGACUGGGCUCCGAGGUGACAGUCACCUUGACGCGCACAAAUCAGCGCGCUAGCGUGACCAGUGUCACUGCCGCCGGUCAUAUUGUUCGAAAUCAGCAAGCCACAGCCUAUCAUCAGAGCACAAACGCCGCCAACACAUCAUCGACCCCAAGUGGCACGUCAGCGAUCCAUGAGCACUUGGCUACAUCAACGUCGCCACCGCCACUGGUGUUUACCCAUCAUCCACAUCAUCACCACAGUCAGCAGCAGCAGCAGCAUCAGCAGCAGCAGCAACAGCAACAUGAGUAUCACCAAGAGCACCAGUUGGUGGACCACCAUCAGUUGGAUCAAGAGCACAUAAUCAUAGACCAUCACCAACAGACGGAGGAUGAUCAGUUGAUCGAAUACGAUGAUAGCGGAGCGAUCGAGGAGCAGCAUCAGCAGUUGCAAAUGCAAGAGGAUCUGCAGCAACAGCAGCCACAUCAUGAAGUUGUCCAAGAGGUGUAUCUUCAGUAGAAGAAGUAGUGCUAAGCCAUAGGGAUAUAAGUUUUAGCCACUCUACAUACAAUUUUGGAACACCCAAAAUGUGUGCAGCAGGAGAAUCGAAUUUGACAAAGCUUUAAUUUGAAAUUUUUUUAAAAAAUGUAUCUGUAUCCUAGGUUUUUAUUCCACUUAACUUUCUAUAUAUAAUCACCUGUUUCAAUUGCACACAUUUUGAGGAAUGCCAAUACCAGAUAGUGUACAUAAAUACAACCUAAUUAAUAACCUUAGUAAUGUGGACCUUUUAGAACACCAUGUUUCAAUUUGUAUAUAAUUUUCGGACAAGUAGAAAAAUAUUUUCCAAUGAAAGUAUUAAUCUUAAAGUAACAUAUUGAAGUAAAAAUUCAAUUAAUUACGAGUUAAUAAAGAUUAUUUUUGUACUAUACAAAUACCGCUUCUAAAUACAUGCUAGUUGAGAAAAAUGCGGAUAUUAAAUAACCUUUGACGAUAUAUUCUAUAAGUUAUUGUCAGUUAAAGAUCAAAACAAACAAUCGUAAUCAAUUGUAUGAUAUAUACACUUCAACGUAGAGAAACAAACUUCGCACAUAUGUAAUACGCAUGUAUGUAUGGAUCAAUUCAACUCCGAUUGUUUGAAAACUGUUUGAUAACGAGGCCCCUUUGGAUUACAUUUGGAAUAGACCGACAAGUGUCUGUUCUUGAGGAGAAACAUAUUCAUGCAACCCAGUAUUUGGGGCCAAGGCAAUAAAGUGAGCCGGAUUGUGUACUGAAAGAAAAAU